AUGUUUCCCAGAGUAGUCAAGUCCACACAAGGCCUCAGUAGGCCAGCACUGUAUUUGAAUAUCCGUAGUGUACAUGUGGAGCAAAAACUAGAGGAGUUAGGGUUCACUUUGGCCCCGGGCGCGCCUAAGGCCAAUUAUGUUAGUGCUAUGAGAUCAGGCCCGCUUCUCUAUCUAUCUGGACAUAUUCCUUAUGCUAAUGGAUGCAGUGGAGACUUGAUUGUGGGGAAAGUGGGUGAUACUAUGGAUGAAGAAGCAGCGUAUAAGGCUGCACGCAUGUGUGGCAUUGGAUUAUUGGGCACCAUUAAGCAUGAAAUUGGAGAUUUGGAUAAAGUUAAG